CCGCCGGAAGCACUGCCUUUCAAAAUUCAUGGCCCAGUAACUGUGGAAAGCAAGACAAAAAAUGCAACAGCGGAUUCUGAUUCAGCUGUUUUGCCUCUGUCUAUGGGUGUUGAUCCUAAUUCCGCGCAGAAGACAGCAAAUGUACUGCGCCCGCUUCGUUCGUCGGGAGCAGCAGAACAAAGUGCGGCUGCAUCGGAAUCGCAAGUGAAAACGCAAACAUUGCGAGCCGUGCAAUUAGGAACGUUUCCUUCAAGUGUGCAACGAUCGGAACAGCAACAGCAGAAGCCACAGAACGAACAGCUGAGGGAAAUGAGGGACGAGUUCAAGAAAAAGCUUAUUCUGUUUGAUGAGCAGCUUUUUGAAAUGCAUGAAUGGAAUGACUGGUUACAGAAUUUGAAAACGAGCGCCGAGAGACAGCAGAAGCAGGAGGAUGGUAAAAAUUGA